AUGUGGUCCAAGAGUACUCGGAUCAAGGUGAUGAUCGUCAUUGACACGGCGUUCUUCCUCCUUGAACUUGUUACUGGUUUCCUCGCCCAUUCGCUUGCUCUGACUGCCGAUGCCUUCCACAUGCUCAAUGAUAUCAUCUCACUGGCAAUCGGUCUUUGGGCAGUGGUUGCUUCGCAAAAGGCCACCACUGAUGAAUUCACCUUUGGAUGGGUUCGAGCCGAGAUCCUCGGAGCCUUUUUCAAUGCCGUCUUCCUUAUCGCGCUUUGCGUUUCCAUCAUCCUCGAAGCGCUGACCCGAUUCGUCGAGCCACCCGAGAUCAAUAACCCCAAACUCAUGCUGAUUGUUGGAUCUGCCGGAUUGUUUUCUAACCUCGUCGGCUUCUUCGUCCUUGGAGGACAUGGCCAUGGCCACUCCCACGGUGACGACCACUCCCACGGCGAUCAUGCACACGGUCAUUCCCACGGAGGGGAGCGAGACAUCGAGGCUGAGGCGGCGGAUGAGUACGGUAGUGUCGGCGAUGUCCUCCCUGAAGUAAUCGUCCGAAGGGCAACUGCCUGUGGCAAGAGAACAAGCUCCGAUAACGCCGAUGGAGCUAGGCACAUUCGUUUCGGCGGGGAGACAUCUCGGCGCGAUGAUUCGAACACUAGAGGAAGCCGAACAUCUGCCCAGUCCAGAGGAAGGGAUAGACGCCAUUCCAGUAAGUCUGGGCAUUCGCGCUUCACCAGCAUCGAGGACAUGAGCAUCCAUCCCGCAAGUUUCCGCCAGGAGAUCAUCUCAGCAUCCAUGCCAUCCGGGGUUGACGCCAGCGAGAGCGAGGUUGAUGAUGAAACCACCCAAUUCGACGAGCAGGACGCGAAUGAAGAGUCGCCUCUGCUUCGAGAUGUGAAGGACAGCCACGGCACACUCUCUGCUGCACCUCACAGCCACAGCCACAACCACGGAAAGCGCCCGCGCCGCGAUUCGAGUGUUCAUAUCGGCCACAAUCACACCCUUCCAAGCAAGCCUGCCAAGAGUGGUGGGCACGGCCACAGCCAUGCCGACAUGGGCAUGAAUGCCAUGGUCCUACACGUCAUCGGUGAUGCUCUUGGAAACAUUGGUGUCAUGGUCACUGCUCUCAUCAUCUGGCUCACUGAUUGGCCUGGCAAGCUGUAUGCCGACCCUGCCGUGUCAUUGUUUAUUACCGCCAUCAUUCUCAAGACAUCGAUCCCCUUGACUCGCGCAACCUCCAAGGUUCUACUACAGGCGACACCAGAGCACAUUUGCAUUCAAGACAUCAGGCAAGAUAUCGAAGCCCUACCUGGUGUCAUCAGCUGCCACCAUAUCCAUGUCUGGCAGCUCUCCGAUACCAAGGUGGUUGCCAGUAUGCAUGUUCAGGUUUCCUUCCCAAUCGACUCCCACUGUGGUGAGAAGUAUAUGCAGUUGGCAAAACGGGCUCGCAAGUGUCUCCAUGCGUUUGGUAUUCACAGUGCUACUAUUCAGCCCGAGUUCUGUCUUGAUCAGAAACACCAACACGCUGCUGAUGCGGCAGGAUUGACAUUUGACGGUUCGCUAGAGCAGCCCAACCCCGAUGUUUGCUUGCUCGAAUGCGUGGAUGACUGCGAUGGACCUGGUUGCUGCACGGGAUUGGAGUCGUCUUCUAGAAGUUCGUCGACUCGUCGUGCUAGCGAUUCCUCACACAGCGCUCACAGUCCUCCUCCUCAAGCACACAACCAUUCAUAG